AUGAGAAAGAUAGAGUCUUUACGAGCAGGGUCGUCUGUAGCCGCGGCGGAACCCAACAUCCGCCUAUCGGCGCCGCCCGCAGCCGCGCGGCCUCCGGCGGAUCCGCUAUGCGGUGGCCGCACUUGUCCCUGGUGGCCCUUCACGGGCGCCGCGGAUUUCACGGUGAAGGCUGUCCUAAUCGUGGCGGCCCUCUUCUUCGCCCUGUUCUGUUCCCUGGCGCUCAACGUCGCCGCCCGCUACCUCGUCCGGUGGCGAUGCUGCUGCUGCCGCCUCCGGCGGCCGAAGGGGGAGGACGGGGGCGGCAAGGGGGCUGUGGUGGUGUACGUGGAGGGGAUGAAGCUGGCCAGGGAGGAGACGGAGUGCACGAUCUGCCUGUCGGAGUUCGCUGCCGGCGAGAGGGUCAAGGUGCUGGACAAGUGCGGCCAUGGAUUCCACGCGCAGUGCAUCCGGCGGUGGCUGGCGGCGCGUGAUUCGUGCCCCACCUGCAGGGAGAGGUGCUCCGUUUAA